CCCCCCCAUUAAGUGAGUUGGAGGGAGGAGGAGGCGGUGGCGGCUGGGGUUUGGUUCCCGGCUGAAGAUGGCAUCGUACACACCGGGAGAAUCAUUCUCCACAGUCGUGGAGUGCAUUGAGGUGCGGAAACUGCGGCAAGGAGAUAACCUGAUCCUGGGCUUCAGCAUCGGAGGCGGCAUCGACCAGGAUCCGGGCCAGAACCCGUACUCUCUGGACAAGUCCGACAAGGGUGUCUACGUCACCAAGGUGGCUCUCGGUGGCCCAGCCGACCUCGCCGGACUCAAAAUCGGGGACAAGAUCAUGCAGGUGAACGGGUGGGACAUGACGAUGGUGACGCACGACCAAGCUCGCAAGAAGCUCACCAAGAAGAACGAGGAGGCGGUGCGGCUGCUGGUGACCCGCAAGUCCCUGCAAAACGUCGUGCAGCACGCGCAGCUCUGCUAGGGGUGCCCGCCACACCACCGACCAGGAGGAGGAUUCCCUUUGCAGCAGUCCCGAAAGAUCGUCACUUCUACCACGGCGACACCUUCCACUCCCCGACGGACACCUUUCUACAAACCGACUGCCACGCCGCACGUUUUCCCACCACGUGUUCCCAGCGUCGCAUACGCUUCUCUCGUCGCCUGCGUUAAAGCAGGGGGUUGGGGAACCUACGGACCACGGCUACGUUUUAACCUACCAUUUCAAAGCGGGCUCCGAGGGGUAUUUAUCAGUCUCUGCAAGCAUCUUAGCCACGCCAAAUCGUGCAUGAGUGUGGAAUAUUAUCAAACUGGCAACGCAGCACUCCGUUUUCUAAUUUUAGCACGGUCACUUUCGUCACUUGUCAUACUGCAAGUGCUUGAAGUGUGUGUGAGUGUGGCCGCGUGUGUAGCCCCGCGAAGGAUUUCAAAGGUUCGAAUUUAUCCCUCGGUCACCCCUACUUUCGUGGGAGAGCUCUCAAACAGCCGUGGCAGGAUGACGAUGGUGGUGGUGGCGGAGGCCGGUUUGUAAAUCUCCCCACGAGCCACGUUUGUCAGCGGAAUUGCUGCCAACUUGUUUACGUAGUGAGUUACGUUUAGGAAUUCUGACGAAAAUUCCUGCCAGAUAUUAAAAACUAAAUUUUAAGUCAUUUUCCUCCGCAAUGUUAUCACGAUUGGGUUGUGCGAUUGGAUUAUGUUAUAAGACGAAAAUCCCAUAAGGCUGUACAACCCUUUGUGCUUGAAUGGCCCAUUUAAGUGAAUAUCACCAAGCUACAUCUGAAAUCUCCUUAAAACGUAAACUUUUUAUUUUACCAGGUGAGGCCCACUCAGCUGUAUAGCUCUUUCGGAAGCGACUUGGCCACACAAUAGCUCAACAAAGUGGCUUAUCACGUGGACAUUUAUAGCAGCCAAAUACUGUAAAUGUAUAUUUCUAAAUGUGGAGGGAAAAACCAGAGGACCCGGAGGAAAAUCCACCCGACCCACGGGGGGAGAGAGAACACGCCAACUCAAAAUGUACAGCAGGCGUCUGGGUCUGGAUCAAACCCACGACCUCCCGUAUACCCGGCGAGGGAGAUAACAUCUCGCCGCAGUGGCGCCCCUUGGUCCACACAGUAGAGGGCGUCACUUUCUCACACGCUCCACCAUACGAGUGUAAUAUCUAUCACGUGAUGCUGCUACUUUUAAUUCACAGCUGGAAAUCGGUCCUGUUAAGUGCAGACCCAAAUUUUGUUGACCAGACAAACGCAUCAACUGCACUACACUCGGGACACACCCAGUUUGUUCCAAAGAUUCCUGACACCUCGACUUGAGCCCAGCAUCUCAACAGGGGCUGGCUCAGUGCUCUGACAUCUGCGCCACCCAGUCCUCAUUUUUGACAGACAUUUUAUACGAGAGCAAAGUGAUGGGGCACAAUCUGCAAUCCUCGUGAUUCUAUCUCUUCUGCACCACAUUCCGUGGCCCUGGUGGGAAUUGCUAACAGUCUGUUCUGAAGAACACGUUCCUGAAGAACACGUUCCUGAAGAACACGGCGUUAUGGAAAGCUCGCGUUAUAAUAAAUAAUAUAUAAUAUAGGUUAAAGCACAGUCCGCGAUAGCACCUGAGAUGCGUACGCAGGCUGAACAGACUGAGGUACGUGGGUAGCAUCUUGAAGCAUCCAGCAGCAUCCCGCCUUGUGCGAUGCUAUGACGAGGCAUCCGUCACGACCGCUUAUUCCUACUCGCACAACGCGGUUCCAUUCACUCAAUCGCGUUAUAUCCAUCGCGUUGUAUCCAAUUCGCGUUGUGAAAACAACACGCGGCGUUGCGGCAGAACAGACUAGUUGUAAAUUAUCCCAGUGGAUGGCGGCAUCGAUCACAAAAAUCUGCGCAAAGUGACGGCUCCCGCUCUGUAAUCCUCGUCAGCCGUAAUGCACGUCUCUUUGCCUCCGCCGUUUACAGGCCCCAUGCGGCAAGCAGCGCCUUGCUGUGGCAAACGUGCAAUCGGUGUAUUUCCCCGCAAAGAAAAGCGUCACUUGUUUUGCCCCGUGACCGGUCGUGAAAUACGAGAGGCCUUCCUCCACGGGUAGGAACGGAACCCGUACCGUUUUAUCCUUGCAGGGCUCACAAAAGAGAAGUGCCUUUUCUUACAUCCUUCCACCUGCCUGCCAGUUGUGAUAUGGAGAUUUUCUCACUUAGAACACACGACUACCGCAGCACUGUUGCACUGAAUGACGGUUAUGUAGAUCGUGUGUGUGUAUGUGUGCGCGUGCGUGCGUGCGCAUGCGCGCAGUCUUAUCACUGUUAAUUUGAGGGUACAGCAUCAUCGUUAUUAUCAUGGACACCAGCAUCCACAUGAUCAUGUCAGUCAUUGCUGUCAUAGUCAACGCUAAGGUCUCCAUUAUCAGCGUCAUCAUCAACAUGGUCAUCGUCAAUGUAAUCAUCAUCAUCGCUGUGGAUUGUGGCAUGAGUUCCAUUACACAUUGCAUCAACAUUUAUUACGUAUGAAUUGAGGUUAUAUAAUAAAUUUUAUACCGACAAAUACUGUACACAUUGAAUGUAACCUAGUUUUUCUUUAAAACAAAGCAAUAAAAUGUGCUGAAGUUUUC